AUGGACCGUGUACGGAGUCGGAUCACGGGCGCGCUGCCCGGCGUCGUCGUCAGCACUGUAGCCGCCACCGCGCUCCUUAGCCUCGGCGGCAACGCGCUCCUCAUUCUUCUCGCCACCUUCCGCCUGACCAACGUCCAAGCCUACGUGCUCGACGUGGCGCAGGUCGUCGAGUGGAUCGCCGUCUCGAUCGGGCUCGUGCUCGUCGUGCUUGGCAGCUGGGCCGUCUCGGUC